AUGACUGAGGAAUCAGAGCUCAUAAAGAUCGAUCCGAACGGCGACAUGCUCAUCAUAUUGAAGGACCCGAACACGGCACUGUUGGAGUGGAAAGAGGACAAGGAGUUAUUGAUGGAAACGAUCGCCCAGGCAGCAGCUGAAGCGACUGAGACAGCCAACAAUAGCGAAUUUGCGCCGCUAGAGCGAGAAUUGCCCAAAACUCGGUAUCUGGUGUCAUCGCGGCAAAUGCGCAUCGUAUCACCUUACUUUCAAAACAUGUUCAAAUUCAGCUAUGGCGAGACAGUUCCAGUUUUCGAGGAUGAUCUGUAUCAUGUCCAAGCACAAGGGUGGAACCCAGAAGCAUUUGCAGUGGUGCUCAAUGUCGCCCAUGUCCAACUUCAAGCCAUACCGAAAAAGGUCAGCCUCGCUUCGUUCGCUUGGCUCUACGUUAUCGCAGACUAUUACCAGAUGGAGGGUGUCUUGGGACUAUUCACAACGGAGUGGUUGAAUCAACUGAAGUGGCAACCGCUGCCGAUAACCUACAGUAAGGAGCUUGUACUCUGGAUGUUCUUGAGUGUGAAACUCCAAGAUAUGGAGACUUUUAACCACUUGGCAUUAAUUGCGACAAGGAAAGCUUGCUAUCCCAUACAAUUUCUGGAUCUACCCUUUCCUCCAGGAGGGCAAGUACACAAGCUUGAUGGCAUGCGGUGUGCCGCUAUUGAAAAGCUUCUGAGUGGUGUACGUAAACUUAUUAGAGAGCUGUACCAAGGCAAGGAGGGGUGUUCGGAGGCAUGUUCGGGCAUGCUAUUAGGGUUCUUGCAGCGGGGCUUGUGGAAGGAAGAUCUGCAGGGUGUCGUUUCAGAACAUCGUCAACGUCCCUUCGAAGGAAUUGGAUUUGAUUCACUUCUUUGCGAGAUCGAGGAGAUAGGAACUCCUUCUGAUGGUAUGUGGGAUUUGCCCAACUGCUGUCUACUUGAAGACAUUCUUUUUCCGAUUCGUUGCGAUGCUGCGGCUUGUCUAGAGCUGGAUGUAAGCAUUGUAGAAUACCAGGAGCAAUAG